GCCGUGCGGAAUUUAGAGUCCUCGAGCUCGGCGCGCGGAUAGACGUGCGCUCCAAACGACAUGGAGUAACGGAGAAGCGGGACAGAGACCAGGGACAGAGGGACCGAGACAGGGACAGAGGGACCGGACAGGGACACACCGGACAGGGACAGAGGGACACACGGGACAGCGUGGGGACGCAGCAGCCUCCGCCGCUUUUAUCGCUUCUGUCUCGUUUGCCCCCGCACUGAAAGUGACCCGUUUGGCGGAGAUGUAGCGCGAGGGGGCGGGUAUUUAAUGGCGCCAGGAUCGCUUCAGUGUCCGUGAGAACGAACGCGGCGAGGAGAAGCGGGGUAUCAUCGGGACGCACGGACACUUGGGCAUCUUCGGCGGUGCGGUGCGUCUAUCAAAGGGCGGUGCGUCCAUCAUGCUGUGGGCGCUGGUGGCGCACCUCCUGUCGGCUGUCGCGCUGUGGAGCCCCGCUGGGGCGCAGUACUCCAGCGACGAGUGCAGCUGGAGGGGAAGCGGUUUGACACAUGAAGGACACGCCCGUGAUGUGGAGCAGGUGUACCUGCGCUGCUCUCAGGGAUCACUCGAGUGGCUGUACCCGACCGGCGCCAUCAUCGUCAACCUGCGGCCCAACAUGGCGUCUCCGGCCGCGUCCCACCUCUCGGUGUGCAUCAAGCCGUCCCGCGAGUCGAGCGGAACGCACAUCUCUGAGCGGAUGGGUAAACUCCGCCUGCUGCUCCGCGAGGCCCAGCAGGCCGAAGGCAAAGUGCACUGCUUCGGCAUCCAUGAGGGGGCGCUGUUCAUCGAGUCCGUGCAUCAGAGAGACAUCAGCCGCAGGAUCACAGCCUUCCAGUACGAACUGGUCAACCACAGACCUGGGGCCGAUCCUCAGUCACUGUUAGCCCCGUGUCAGCCCUGCUCUGACUCUGAGCUUCUUCUGUCUGUCUGCACGAGUGACUUCGUGGGGCGUGGCAGCAUCACAGACGUGGAGGAGCAGGAGGAGGACGAGACAUCGGUGGGCGUGUCUCUGUCCCGCGUGUACAGGCAGAAGAGCGAAGUGUUCACACAGAUGGGUGGACGUGUGAAGGUGUGGACCGGGAAGCUCCUGAUGCCUCACGUGUGCGGGGUGAAACCCGCAGAGGGCGAGUUCCUCUUCACCGGCACCGCACGCUUCAGCCAGGCCUGGCUCAACUGCGCACCCAGAUACACGGACUUCCUCCGGAUAUACCAGGAGGCGGAGACGCAGGGGACCAACCCCUGUCACAUAGACACGAACUGAGCCUCACGUCACAAACUCACGUCUCGCCGUUUACUCUAGAACUCGUCCUAAGCCUUCGAAAGGAAAUCAAAAUCGAUCGGACUCUUUCCCGAGAGCGAAUUUAUAUACAAAUCAGAUGAUCUGAUCUUAGGAACAGAUUGUAGCACACGUGUCCGUCUGAACGUGUCAAAAGAAAUGUGAAAUAUUGAGACAUUUUUGUAAAAAGCUCCUUUGUACAGUUUAAAAAAAAAGAAUUCAUUGCCGUUGUGUUUUAGGACAAACAUUUUUUUUUUUUUCAUCAUUUUGUUAUUUUUUUGGUGAAGAAUUGUUGAUUCUUUUCCCUGCACUAUGGAGAAAGAUUAAAAAAGUUAUCUAAGGUUUUUUAAUACACA